CUGUGAAGGUUACUUUACUUUCAAGGAUCAUCUAGUUUCUGAAUCCAGGAUGGGACUCUUUGUAGGUCCUGCCAUGGCGAUAGGCUUCCUUGCUCUGUGCGUCGCCUCGUCCUUCGAGAUUCAAGAAGGAUGCAGAGUACGAGAACGCAUAGAGGAAAACAAAUUCUUGUUUGACUCUUUGGACUUCUUGGCCGUCUUCCCUCGCAGUCAGAUAGAACUGAAGGUGCUGGUGCAGUGCCACAAGAGAAGUGAUCUCAUCCACAUCAGUUCAGACAACAUAACUUGGACCAAGAAGCAGAUGGGAAAUCAAACAACAGAGGUUGCUAGCACUCCUCUCGCGCAUGGUAUCACGGGCUGGGAAAGGUUCACCCUCUCCUUGAAGGACAAAUUAACCCUCAAGGACAGGCAGAACCACUCGUGGGCGCCAUUCGACAUUCCCCUUUCAUGCCAUCCACAGGAUGUCUCCAUCAUAGGCAAGCACCUCACUCGCCAGUGCUCGCCCCAAACGCCCACGUGGGUGGUCAAGGGCAAGAAGGUCGACAUUCCUCUCUACGAAGGAAGCGAGGGAAUAAGAGAGGCCCUGACGCUCUUCUCCGUGCUGCCCUACGGUCCUACCUUCAACAUCUGCGACACGAGCUUCUCUUUAGGACUCCGUAACCAAAAGCUGGUGACAGGAUCCGCACCCUUGGAAGGCUCGGCAUACAGCCUUUCCAUCAGUGUUCUCCCUGAUAACACGUUGAAGGUGGAGAACGAGGGAAAGCUGUUGGUUUCGAACAACCUGAAGGCGACGCCCACGAGCUUGGGGAUUCUAGGCCGGGAAGGAGACAGGUUCGUGGUGGUGCAGCAUCUUGUGCUUCGACGUGGCGCUGAUGAGCCUGAGGACGUGGGACAUCCUGAUGCGAGCAUCCAAGAAAAGGAAGAUCAGUGCCAAAAGCGAGAUGUCAUAACUUGGACUCUCACAGGCACUUUGGUCUUCACGAUGGCAGUCAUCGUCGUCCUUCUCAUUCUCUAUCAUGCGUCCAGUCGAGAGAACAAGCGCAUCCAAAACCUCAGGCGGGAAGCAACGAGACGCCAGAAGCCAGUCCCAUCCUACCUGGAGCCUCUGCCUGCCCCCUUUGCAGCGGGCCCGAGGCAGCCUCACGCCCACGCCGCCCUCUCUUUGGCCCGCGCCCCGUCGUCCAGCCCUGAGCACCUGUAUGAGAACCCUGAGGAGGUGGCCGGGCAGAUACAGCCUCGCUCUUCUCCAACACUGAGAGAUCAAAGCCUCGCUCUUCUCCAACACUGACAGACCUAGCCUCGCGCUUCUUCAACGCUGAGAGAUCAAAGCCUCGCUCUUCUCCAACACUGACAGACCUAGCCUCGCGCUUCUUCAACGCUGAGAGAUCAAUGCCUCGCUCUUCUCCAACACUGACAGAUCCAGCUUCG